UUUUGAAUUGAUCAAAGUAACUAAAAGUAAAGCAGGCGGAGCAACAAGUGUGUUUGGCGUGUGGUUCUGGACUAUAAAUAUGAGUGGCUUUUGAUCAUUUGAUUCUAGGUUAAACCUGGAAACGAUCAUCAUCGAUUUUCUUGAAAAGCCUAACCAAGUAAAAAAACUCAUAGACUUUAGUCUUAUUUGAGACUUAGAAAAAAAUUGUAUUUUCCCGCGACAAACUUUUUUUUUUGAAAAAAAUUUCCAAUCGAAAAUGACUGCCAAUCACGGUACCGUGGAAUCAUCCACAACAGAAUUGAUCCGUCAAAAACCAAUGACUAAAGCAUCCGAACAUCGACGUAUUACAAAACCAAUUAUGGAAAAGAAACGUCGUGCCCGUAUCAAUAAUAGUCUGAAUGAAUUGAAAGCAUUAAUAUUGGAUGCUUUGAAUAAAGAUCCAUCUCGACAUUCAAAAUUGGAAAAAGCCGAUAUUUUGGAAAUGACUGUUAGACAUUUACAAAAACUUCAACGACAACAAAUAGCCGCAACAAUUGUUAAUGAUACAACACAAUUGAAUAAAUAUCGUGCUGGCUAUUCAGAAUGCGCAAAUGAAGUUGGCCGUUAUAUGGGCAGUAUGGAUGGUGUUGAUCAAUCAUUACGACAACGUAUUCUAGGCCAUCUUAAUCAUUGUGUUAAUAGCCUAAAUCAAAUGGCUGCUAAUAAUUCUGCAGUACAAUUUGGUGGUAAUCCGGUGACAAAAACGGUUGCAUUUCCUGGUAUGAUACCAGCUCAACAAACCAAUCAUUUACAUGUUCAAAUACCUGUUAUGUUUGGCCAACAACAACAAUUCAUUGGACAAAAUGGUACUGAUAUUAAUAAUAAUCGUACAACAUUUUUGGAUGAUGUUUAUGUUAAACAUCAAUCUGGAAUUUCAACAACAGCAACCACAACAACACCGCCACCAUCAUCAGCUAGUGGUAGUGGUGGUUCCAACAAUAAAGAUAAGAAUUUUCUAUGUCCAAAUUGUGGUAAUGUUUGUACACAGAUUGAAGAAUUUCUUUCAUCCACACGUUUUGUUAAAUGUGAUAAAUGUGCAAGAUUUUUUGUAAUAUUAUCCGAAAACGAUUGCAAUCUUAAUGAAAAAUUCAAUGUACAACGAAAUCCACCGCCACCAAGAAAGAUUUAUGAUUAUCUGGAUAAAAGAAUUAUCGGUCAAAAUAAAGCGAAAAAAGUUUUAUCGGUUGCUGUUUAUAAUCACUAUAAACGUCUCAAUCAUAAUAUAUUAUCACAAUUGAAUAAUGUUAAUAGUAAUAAUCGUAAUGAAAGUAGUGAAGGAUCAUCGAAAAUCAUAAAUAGUAGAGAUGAAUUCAUCAACAUUCCUGGUACCAGUCCAUUUGGUCUACAUUUGCAAAGUUUUCAUCCACAUGAUACACCUGUUCAUUCACCAGUUGAUAAAUCGUCACAACAACAACAACAGCAACAGCAACAACAACAACAGCAACAGAAUCGUGGAAGCUUUUUAUUGGAUGCAAAUCAAUCGGAUAUUCGAUUAGAAAAAUCUAAUAUAUUAUUAUUAGGACCAACUGGUAGUGGAAAAACACUUUUAGCUCAAACAGUCGCCGUUUGUUUGGAUGUUCCAUUCGCAAUCUGUGAUUGUACAACAUUAACACAAGCUGGCUAUGUUGGUGAAGAUAUUGAAUCGAUAAUAGCGAAAUUACUUCAGGAUGCUAAUUAUAAUGUGGAAAAAGCCCAACAAGGUAUCGUAUUUCUUGAUGAAGUCGAUAAAAUUGGAGCCGUGCCUGGUAUACAUCAAUUACGUGAUGUUGGUGGUGAAGGUGUGCAACAAGGUAUGCUUAAAAUGUUGGAAGGUACAUUAGUCACGAUACCGGAAAGAAAUUCACGUAAAAUGCGUGGUGAACCUAUUGUCGUGGAUACAACAAAUAUUUUAUUUAUUGCAUCUGGUGCAUUCAAUGGAUUAGAUCGAAUAGUUAAUCGACGAAAAAAUGAAAAAUACCUUGGCUUUGGAGCACAAUCAUCCGAAUCACAAGGUCGACGAGCAGCUACGGCAGCCGAUGUUGCUGAUAAUUAUUCAAAUGAUUCAUCAUUGCUUGAAGAUAUGAUUGAAAAAGAUCAAUUAUUAAGCUCGGUUGAAUCCAGAGAUCUAAUUGAAUUUGGCAUGAUCCCUGAAUUUGUCGGUCGAUUUCCUGUGGUCGUACCGUUUCAUAAUUUAACGGAAAAUAUGUUGGUACAGAUUUUGACCGAACCACAAAAUGCAUUGAUACCACAAUUUCAGAAAUUAUUUUCAAUGGAUAAUGUUGAAUUAACAUUUGAACCACAAGCAUUGAGAAGAAUAGCUAAAGUUGCUAUGGAAAGAAAAACUGGUGCACGUGGUUUACGAGCCAUUUUGGAAAAUGUUCUACUUGAACCAAUGUUUGAAAUACCUGGUACUAAUAUCCGUAAAGUUCAUAUCACUGAAGAAGUUGUGAUGGGUAGAAAUAAACCUGGCUAUGAAGAUGGUAGUGGAAUGUCCGAUUCAACAUCAUCAUCAUCAUAUGAUAAUGUUCAGGAUAUCGAUGAUAAAGAACGGGCCGUUAAUCCUUGAUGAUAAAGACAAACAUGCAACAACAUCGCACAAUAGGAAAUUCAUAUUUUUCUUAUUUUUUUCUCGUUGAAUAUUUUAACAAAUUAUCUUUUUUUUGAAUUUUCAAUAUAGUUUCCAUUGGUUAUAUAUGAUGUAUAUAUAUUGUUUGACACAUUUACAUUCACACACACACAGAUUACACACUCAUUUAAAUAAAACAAUAUGGCUAAUUAAUUGUUGAA